CAAAUUGCCUAACUACUUUUCUAGCGUCUGUCAUAUCUAUAAAGAUAAUUGCAAUUUUCAAUUUUCAACCCUUAAUAGUUUUCUUCUCCCUAAUUUCUCUUCUAUCUCUCUUACCCUUAAAUUUAAUAAAAAAAACAUCAACAUAGAACACAACAAAAAAACCAAGUUGGUUGAAUGAAUUCCGCUACAUCGAUAGUUUCUUUGCCUGAGGAGUGUGUUUCUGCAAUCUUGUCUCGCACAUCACCACAAGACGCAUGUCGAUUUUCAAUGGUUUCCCACACUUUUGUUUCAGUUGCAAACUCUGAUUUGGUUUGGAAGAACUUUUUGCCCUCUGAUUACGAGGACAUUCUCUCGAGAACUGUGAAUCAAUUCGCUCUCAAAUUCAUCUCUUCAUGUAAACAGCUCUUUCGUUUUCUUUGUCGUCCAGUUCUCCUUGACGGUGGUAAUAAGAGUUUCAAAUUGGAGAAGUGUUCGGGUAAAAUAUGUUACAUGUUAUCGGCAACAGAGUUGUCAAUAGCAUGGAGCAUUGAUCCAAUGUUCUGGAGUUGGAAACCAAUCCCUGAAUCAAGAUUUUCGUUGGUGGCUGAGCUGAGAACAGUGAACUGGUUAGAAAUAGAAGGCAAAAUGAGAACAAGUGUUCUAACGCCAAACACAUCGUAUGGAGCCUAUUUAGUGAUGAAAGUUUCUGAUCGAGCUUAUGGACUUGACUCUGCUCCUUCUGAAGUAUCAAUUACGAAAGGAAAGAUAGUAAAGAGAGGGAGAGCAUAUUUGUGUAAUAAAGAUGAGAAUAAGUGUAACAUGGAGACAUUAUUCUAUGGAAACAGAAGAAACAGAAUGGUUCAAGAACAAGAAGAUGGAGAGAAUGUUGGAGUGCCAUGUGAGAGAGAAGAUGGAUGGAUGGAAAUUGAGAUUGGUGAAUUUUUUAGUGGUGAAGAUGAUGAAGAGAUUCAAAUGAGUGUUGCUGAAGUUGGCCAUCAGUUGAAGGGAGGACUUGUUCUUGAAGGCAUUGAAGUGAGGCCCAAACAUACAUAAUGUUAUUGUUGAUUGUGUGUGUGUAUUUUAUAGGAUGGGAAAGUAAUAUUGUAAAUGUUUAAGAGUUUCAUAUAUAUUAAAAAGAAUAUGAUAAAUGAAAGAAUAUUUUAUUAA